CCCUUCUGUUCUACUUCCACUUCCCAGUGGUACUAAACUCUUCCAUAUACAUGCCAAUAAAGCCGACUCCAGAUCAGAAGCCCUAAUUUUUUAUAUUUAAAUUCAAUUUUGUGCGUUAAUUUGAAGAAGAUGAGGCGACGAGGUUCGGAUUUCCGGCGGCCGGUGAGGCGGCGAUUUUCGAAUGUAUUCUGGUUGACACUCUGUGGAUUGGUGGUUUUGCUCUUCAUUGUUGUGUUGAGUCGAGAGAGCCAGCCGACAUCGAGAUCAGCAUUAUCUAAGAGAUCUUACAGGCAAGAGAGAAUUAUAGAAGGUCUCAACAUUACCGAAGAAAUGUUGAGCCCCGACUCGUUCACAAGGCAAAUUAAUGAUCAAAUUUCUCUCGCAAAGGCAUUUAUUGUGAUGGCAAAAGAAAGCAACAACCUCCAAUUUGCUUGGGAACUCAGUGCCCAGAUCCGUAACUCACAGAUUCUUCUCUCAAAUGCUGCUCUAAGGCGAACUCCUUUGACAACUACCGAAUCAGAAACUGUAAUCCGUGAUAUGGCACUUUUGCUCUACCAAGGCCAGCAACUUCACUAUGACAGUGCAACCAUGAUAAUGAGACUGAAAGCCAAAAUCCAGGGUCUUGAAGAACAGAUGAACUCUGUGAGUGAAAAGAGUUCCAAGUACGGGCAAAUAGCUGCUGAAGAAGUCCCGAAGAGCCUAUACUGCCUUGGUGUACAGCUAACGACCGAAUGGUUCAAAAACUCUGAGUUACAAAGAAAACAUAAAGAAAAAAAGCAAAUAGCGAUGAGAAUGAAAGAUAACAAUCUCUAUCAUUUCUGCGUGUUCUCUGACAACAUUCUUGCUACUUCCGUUGUGGUAAAUUCAACUGCAUUGAAUUCCAAAAAUCCUGAUAUGGUAGUCUUCCACCUUGUAACUGAUGAAGUUAAUUAUGCCGCAAUGAAGGCUUGGUUCCACGUGAACAGUUUCCGAGGGGUGACUGUUGAUGUUCAAAAGAUAGAAGACUUCAGCUGGUUAAAUGCUUCUUAUGUUCCUGUUCUUAAACAGCUUCAAGAUUCUAAUACUCAGAACUAUUAUUUUUCUGGCAACAGUGAUGAUGGCAGGACUCCAAUCAAGUUCCGAAAUCCUAAAUAUUUAUCUAUGCUUAACCAUCUCAGGUUCUACAUUCCUGAAGUUUUUCCUGCAUUGAAGAAGUUAGUGUUUCUUGAUGAUGAUGUUGUGGUUCAGAAAGAUCUAUCAGUUCAGAAAGAUCUAUCAGGUCUGUUUUCCAUUGAUCUGAAUGGCAACGUUAAUGGUGCAGUGGAGACAUGCAUGGAAACAUUUCACAGAUACCAUAAAUAUUUGAAUUAUUCUCAUCCUCUCAUACGAGCACAUUUUGAUCCUGAUGCAUGUGGGUGGGCAUUUGGGAUGAAUGUUUUUGAUUUGGUUGAGUGGAGGAAAAGGAAUGUGACCGGCAUCUAUCACUACUGGCAGGAAAAAAAUGUAGACCGGACCUUGUGGAAACUUGGCACAUUACCGCCUGGACUUUUGACCUUCUAUGGUUUGACAGAGUCAUUGAAUCCCUCAUGGCAUGUGUUGGGUUUGGGCUACACAAAUGUCGAUCCUCAGUUGAUUGAAAAGGGGGCUGUGCUCCACUUCAAUGGGAACUCAAAGCCAUGGUUGAAGAUUGGGAUAGAAAAGUACAAACCACUUUGGGACAAAUAUGUGGAUUACACUCAUCCUAUAUUACAACAAUGCAACUUCCAUUGAUUUUCAAUAUGGCAGUUUCAUCUUGUCUGCAGUAUACUGGCAUUGCUAGAGGUUUGAAUUCUUGUACUCUGAGAAUGCUUAGAUAAGGCAGUGUUAGUAGUUGUAUUCUCUUUAUUUAGUUGAUGUUCGAAUUUCCUGUUGUAGCAUGAAAUAUCAAUAGGGCUAUUUAUUCAUUUUCUGAUUCGAUACUGUAUCUUCAGAUUUCAUAUAAUGUAGAAGUUUGUUAGCCUCCUUUGUUCCUUAUACAGAAUUUUGUAUUCAUGAUCACUUUAAGCUUUAAGCCUCCAGACAUCAGCUUGAUGAGUACCCAGUUUCACAACAAUUAGCCGGACUUCCAUAUGUUGUAUUCUUUGCUUCCAGCAUUGGUG